AUGAGGUCUCUUGCAACUUUGUCCAUCCUCGCCGCCUCCGUGGUCAACCUUGUGACUGCCGCUGCCGAGGACCUCAAGAUCGACGUGACACGUCCAGUCCAGUGUGACCGCAAAACUCAAAAAGGCGACAAGGUCUCCAUGCAUUACAAGGGCACACUGGGAGGCUCGGGAAAGAAGUUCGAUGCUACGCUGACCAUGACUGCUUCAAAAGGCUAUGACAGAGGCCAACCCCUCUCUUUCACCUUGGGGUCUGGACAAGUCAUUGCAGGAUGGGACCAGGGCCUUCUCGACAUGUGUAUUGGAGAAAAGAGAACACUCACCAUCCCCCCCGAGCUCGGCUACGGCGAACGUGGCAUUGGCCCCAUUCCCGCGGGAGCCACUCUGAUUUUUGAAACUGAGUUGGUUGGAAUUGAGGGUGUUACUCCCACCGAGAGAGAGGCGGGAGAAGAACAAGAAGAAGUGGACGAGACAAAAGUAGCCGGCCAAGCUGGCGAGAAGGUAAUCACGAUUGUUUCUCAUGCUACCAAGACUGCGAAAACGCCCAUUACUGACGACGUAUGA